CAUUUUCGUGCAGAUAGCAGUAACGUAUUGUAUAUAUUCACAAAUGUUGUGGAUGCUACACUUUUUAUAACUGUUCAGCGCUCUUUUUUAUACACGGAUUAUGAAAGCAGGAGUUGGAGGUGAUCAGGACUGUGUGAACUGAGACACCCUGAGUCAUCUAUAUGGGCCAUCUUCUUUCGAAAAAUGGUAAGCGUGUGAAGAAGAGGAAAAGGAAACUGCGAAGAAACUGCUUCCUGCACGGGCCGUGCAUGUUGUGCUUCAUCGUCCACAGCAACGCCAACAGCAGUGACGAGAACCAGCUCGAGAGUGCUUCCAAGCUUGCUGAGCGGUACGCCACUCUCAGUACUCCGGAGGACUGCGCCAAGUUUCUCCUGUCUCCAAAGGAACUCUGGGAAGAACAGGGCAAGAGCCUGCUUUCCAGUGUCCCUACCAAGUUCAUUGGGCCUCAGCUGUUCAGAACUGUCUCCACUGAGUACGCUGAGAUGGUAUGCAAGAGGAAGUGUGGAGGGGUACAGAAGUGCACGCCCUGCAAGCAGCCGCGCUGUACUUUUCAGGAGGUGACUGAAAAUGGGGUGGUCAGUGACCCAGCAGCCCAGUGCCACAUCCAUCUGUGCAGCUUGCCCUCAUCUUCCUCCUCCUCCUCCUCCUCCUCCUCCACAGAGUGCUCCAAGGUGGGGCUGCAGGUGGACUUGGGGGAGGGCAGCACCACCACCAACCAAGGCUCCUCCGAGAGCAGUGAACUUGCAACUCACAAGAGCCUGCCGGAAUUAAAAGUGUUUGAGACUGAUGUGUCCAAUGUUAACCUCCUACCUUCUUCAAUCCUGCUAAAGAUAUUUGCUCAUCUAUCCGUGAAGGAACGUUGCCUUUCUGCAUCGUUAGUUUGCAAGUACUGGUGUGAUCUGUGUUUAGAUUUUCAGUUCUGGAAGCAGAUCGACCUCAGUGGUCGACAGCAGGUCACAGAUGAUCUUCUUGUAAAGAUUGCCGCCAGGAGGCAGAAUGUGACCGAAAUUAACAUCUCUGAUUGCCGCAACGUUUUAGAUGACGGGGUGCGCUCCCUGGCAUCCCAGUGCCCGGGUCUUCUUAAAUACACAGCUUACCGAUGCAAACAACUUAGUGACCUCUCUCUCCUUGUCAUUUCCACUCACUGUCCUCUUCUGCAAAAGGUGCACGUGGGGAACCAGGAUAAACUCACCGACGAAGCCCUCAAGCAGUUGGGAGAACACUGUUCUGAGCUGAAAGAUGUCCACUUUGGUCAGUGCUACAAGAUAACUGAUGAAGGCAUGGUGGUGCUAGCAAAGGGCUGUCCAAAGCUGCAAAGAAUCUACAUGCAAGAAAACAAACUGGUGACGGAUAAAUCAGUAAAAGCAUUUGCUGAACACUGUCCGGAUCUGCAAUUUGUCGGUUUUAUGGGCUGCUCUGUUACAUCCCAAGGGGUCAUCCACCUCACUAAACUCAAGAACCUGAGCAGCCUGGACUUGCGUCACAUCUCUGAGCUGAAUAACGAAACGGUGAGCCUGGACGGAAUAGUCCUUAGGACUUCGAGUGAAUCUGAACACGAACUUCGACGCUCGUAG